AUGUCUGACAAGGCAAAAAAGAAUCAACCCCGUGAGACUAGAGGCAAAGGUGAAUCUGCUCUCAGCGCUUUCGCAGAAUACGUCGAGGAGCAGCAAAACAUACGAUACCCCUCGAGACAGCAGGCAUCCACCACCACCAUCACCGCAACCGCUCCAGGAAACGCACCGCCCGAUCAUGUCCACCACGAGGAGCUAGACGAGCUCUUUGACAACCUCGACCUCGACGACCAGAGCCACCAGGUACCCCUCAGAAGCCUCCUCCUAGGAAGAGGUGCUGCUGCUGCUGCUGCUGCUGCGCCCGCAUCCGCCUCCGCUGCCGGCAAUGACGAAUCGCUAGAGAAGCUACAGAACGUCGUGGCGGAUCGUAUAGCCGAGGGCUUCGGCGAGGCCGUCCUGGAGAUCGGCUACGAGAACAGUGGCGAGUCGAUGCAGCUCAGCAUAGAUGAGUGGAACACGGCGUACGCGCGCCUCCAGGAGGCCGCACAUCUGGCCCGCGCCUCCUGCCAGCUCCUCAUCACCAAGAAUGUCGGCGGCGCCGUCGAGAGCUCUUCCACCACCGGCGACGCCGCCAACGUCUCGACGAAGCCCGGGAGGGGCGGGGAGAGCAAUACCUGGUGCUCUGGCAAGGUACUCAUCCGCCAGCUGCCAAGAGACAUCAAGGAGGUUAUCGAGACGCGCAUCGCCGUCGUGGGGAACGUGGACGCCGGCAAGAGUUCCAUGCUGGGUGUUCUGGUCAAGGGGGACCUGGACGACGGACGAGGAAAGGCCAGGGUCAACCUCUUCCGCCACAAGCACGAGAUCGAGUCCGGCCGCACCAGUUCGGUCGGCAUGGAGAUAAUGGGAUUCGACAGCACCGGAAAGAUUGUCAGCUCGGAUGUACCUGGACGCAAGCUUUCGUGGGAAGAGAUUGGCAAGCGGAGCGCCAAGGUGAUAAGCUUCACGGACCUGGCAGGUCACGAAAAGUACCUCCGCACGACGGUCUUCGGCCUCCUAUCGAGCAGUCCCAACUACUGCCUGCUGAUGGUGGCGGCCAACAACGGGCUGGUGGGCAUGAGCAAGGAGCACCUGGGGAUCGCGCUGGCGCUCAACGUGCCGGUCAUGGUGGUGGUGACCAAGAUCGACAUCUGCCCGCCCAACAUACUGGAGGAGACGAUCUCGCAGAUCAUCAAGAUCAUGAAGAGCCCCGGAGCGCGCAAGAUGCCGACCUUCAUCCGCGACCGCGAGACGUGCGUCAACACGGCAACCCAGUUCGUCAGCCAGCGCAUCUGCCCCGUCUUCCUCGUGUCCAACGUCACCGGCGAGUCGCUCGAUCUGGUCCGCACCUUCCUCAACAUCCUCCCCCACCACGGCCGCUACAACUCCGACGCACCCUUUGAAUUCCACGUCAAUGACAUCUUCUCCGUGCCCUUCGCCGGAACCGUCGUCUCCGGCAUCGUGCGGUCCGGCGUCGCACACGAGGGAGACGCCGUCCUCGUCGGCCCAGACGCCCUCGGCCAGUUCGUCCAGACAUCCAUCCGCUCCAUCGAGCGGAAGAGGAUCCGCGUCCCCGCCGUCUCCGCCGGCCAAUCCGCCUCCUUUGCCAUAAGGAAGAUGAAACGUAAGGAGGUCAGGAAGGGAAUGGUUGUCCUGCCAAAGUUGGAAGGUCAACCUGCUCCCAAGGUCUAUAACGAAUUUGUCGCCGAGGUCCUCAUCCUAUCCCACACCACCACCAUCAAGAAACACUACCAGGCAACACUGCACGUCGGCCCCGUCCAGCAGACGUGCGCCAUCAUAGACAUUGACCGCGAGCUCAUCCGCACCGGCGACCGCGCCACCGUGGCCUUCCGCUUCGUCCAGAGACCAGAGUAUCUCGUCCCAGGAGACAGGUUACUCUUCCGCGAGGGUCAUACAAAGGGUCUCGGUAUAGUCAAGUCCAUCGGCUACGAUGCUUCGAAACCUCUCAGGGAGCAAUCUCAGUCUCAGUCUCAUCAAGGGCCGGAGGCGUCAUCGUGA